UUGCCAGCCCGUCAGCUGAUGAGCCGCUUCACCCCACACACGUAGUGGCGUAUGCAGAAACAUACCCCCCACCCACCUUUAACUGACCAUUGCCCAUUUCCUUCCCUCUCCGUUGAUGCCGGUAGCAUCUUUCUUCCCAAUUUGCAGAAGCAAACCGGACUCUGGUUGCGCCCUGUCCGGGGGCUCGGCCAGGACCGGGGAAUAGUCCUUUGUUUACAUGCAAUCCCGGUCCCGGCGGAAGGAGGCGGCGGUGCUGCGAAGGCACCAGCUGUUUCCCGCCAUUUACAACCAUCUGAUAGAGCGAUCAGCUGGAAACACACACAGAGAACCAGAACUCAGCCAGCCUUUUAUUUAAGACGAUUAUUAUUAUUUGUGCACAAUUAUUUUCUCCAGGUGCAAGACAUGGAAUAUUUCGUGGUGCCGACUCAAAAGGUACCUUCAUUCCAGGAUUUCAGGAAGAGUGAGAAAGAAGUGAUAGGAGGUCUCUGUAGUCUGGCUAAUAUCCCACUGACCCAGGAAUCCCAGAGAGACCAGGAAAGGAGGAUACGGAGAGAGAUUGCCAACAGCAACGAGCGCCGCAGAAUGCAAAGCAUCAACGCUGGGUUCCAGUCCCUGAAAACACUGAUACCCCACACGGAUGGCGAGAAACUCAGCAAGGCAGCCAUUUUGCAGCAAACAGCAGAAUAUAUCUUUUCGCUAGAGCAAGAGAAAACCCGGUUACUUCAACAGAACUCUCAGCUGAAGCGUUUCAUUCAGGAGUAUAGUGGUUCCUCCCCUAAGCGGAGACGAGCAGAGGAUAAGGAUGAAGGGAUUGGCUCCCCAGAUGUUUGGGAGGAUGAGAAGCUGGAGGACCUGAAAAGGGAAAUGAUUGAACUCCGGCAGCAGUUGGACAAGGAGCGUUCAGUCAGGAUGAUGUUGGAGGAACAGGUUCGUUCAUUGGAUGCCCACAUGUACCCUGAGAAAUUAAAGGCCAUUGCACAACAAGUACAGCUGCAGCAACGGCAUCAGGAACAAACUAAGAUCCUUCAACAGGAGGAGCAACAGGAACCCGAAUCCCAACUUAUGACGCAGCUCCUGCCAGCGCAUGUUUUCCCAGCAUCAACCCACCAUCCAACUGUCAUUGUGCAGACUCCACCCCCACCAGCUUCGCAUCAAGUUACCGUGGUGACAAUGGGACCAUCCUCAGUCAUCAAUAGCCCUUCCACUACAUCGAGACAGAACCUAGACACCAUUGUGCAGGCAAUCCAGCACAUUGAAGGAACGCAAGAGAAACAGGAAGAGGAGCAGCGGCGAGUAGUCAUUGUCCAGCCUACCCGUGUUUGGUCCGGUGCUGAAUCGGAGAGAGAAGCGACAGAAGCACUUGUGCCGCGUGAUGAGAAGGGCCCCAUGGAGAGGGUUCUCCCGUGACACUACAGCUAUACCAGGCCGGGAUUAAUUCAAACAUCGUUCCCAAUGUUUUUCUCGCAAAAGGAAAAAAAAUUUUGGUCUCUUUUUGACCUUCCCAAUACUGUAAACAGUCUCAGUCUGGAAUGAGAGUUUAUCAAAAAUCUGGACCAUACCAGAAGGGAUGUAAAAUCCUUUCUUGUGCUCAUGACUACCUUGGAAUUCAUAGCUGAAGUGUUGCUGAGGGACAUUUUAGCAUCCUUUUAUUUUUUUACGUUUUGGGGAGGGGUGGGCGUUUCAAGCACUUACCAAUUUGUUCAGUCCAGUGGGGGUAACUUCCUCCCAGUGAGAACUGUGGGCCCCACUUCUACAAUCACUGCCCCCACCCCCACUUGUACUGGUGUAGAUGAUUUUUAAGCAAUGUCCUUUCAUGUAGUUAGUUUGUUAGUUCCUUCCAUUUUUCCCUGUAUCCAUAAUCGAGUUUUACGUUGAUACAAGGUUUGUGUUCAUUGGAAAAACUUCUAUUUUGUUAAGAAAGCGUGGGAAAAAAGGCACUUGCCUUGCAGAGAGAAAUAAAGUUUGUACUUUGUUUUUUUUAACUAUU